AUGUCAAAACAUUGGCCAAUAUUGGUGGUGGUUCGGUUGGCUGAGAACGGUUGUCUGUUGACUUACUUGAAGAAAAACAGAAAAAACCCUUAUGUAAACGAUAAGUGUCACGAUUCUUCACAAAUCGACAAACUAAGGAUCGCAAGAGACGUUGCUAAUGGAAUGUUGCACCUUGCCACUAAGAAGUGCGUUCAUCGUGAUCUUGCAGCAAGAAACGUGCUUCUUGGCAAGAACAAUGUUGCCAUGGUUUCUGACUUCGGCAUGUCACGCGAUGUCUACGAAAGUGGUGAAUACGAGAAUACAACAGGGGGAAUGUUACCAGUUCGUUGGAUGGCCCUGGAGUCUUUGGAAGAUUACCCAUACAAAUACGACACCAAAACAGACAUAUGGUCAUUUGGUGUGGUGUUAUGGGAAAUACAGUCUGGAGGUAAAACGCCGUAUUCUGGUCUUGGAGGCAUGGACGUUGUCGAUUUUCUCAAAUUAGGAAACAGACUAAAGCAGCCUGACGGAUGUCCUGACGAAAUCUACGAGAUCAUGAUAUCAUGCUGGCGCCUAGACCCCUCGGAGCGUGCUAGAGGAUCCAAGAUCUAA